UCUGAAGUACAACAACAAUCGCUGUCCUGGAGUCUGGUGCGUGCUCGAUGGGUCGGAGGAGGCUGUCUUUGCAUUGUUCCUUCUGCAGUUUGAUGCUGGCAGAUAUAGAGGUAGACCUGGUGAUCUGGAUGGGUGAAGGAAGGUCGCUCUGAACUUGUACCGAUCCACAUUCAGCCUUCAGCUGAGGUGCAGGGAAUAAGGAUAAACAGCAUCCUGCAGGCAUGGGAAUAUCUGGAUACCGUGGCGUAAAUAUUUGAUAUAACAGAUAGAAAGAGGAGCGUAUGAUAAGGAGAGUGCAGACAGGAGACGUGGCUGGAUCGAUGGAGGCAGAGGAAACACAUGGCUAGAGAUGCUUUCUGCAAGAACGGGCUGGUGGUAAACGAUCACACCUCGGGUCUUGCACAAACAGAAGUGUGAAACCACAGAUGGAUCCAAUGUGUGAUGGAGUUAAGAAAACUGAGUCCAGUGAUGCAACUGUGAACCCUCGGCCCCCUCCAGCUAAGAUAGCUCGACUAGAACAAUACAAGAUGGGACCCUCAACUCCAGAAAGGGGGAGACAGGGGAGUCCUGCGCCCAAAAGUCCUUGCUCCACCCAGAAAUCCACUACAGCAAGCUGGCACUCUAAAGGAACCCUUCUUCCUGUGUUCUGUGUGGUUGAGCACAGGGAAAGUUCUGUGGAAGCAGAGAAAAGAGACGACCACGCUGAGUUUGUCUUGGUCAAAAGAGAUCUGUUAUUCAAUCAGCUGACCGAAAUGGCUCUACUGACGCUGGGAUACUCCCAUAGCUCUGCUGCCCAGGCUAAAGGUCUGAUUCAGGUCGGCAGGUGGAACCCAGUGCCUCUCUCCUCUGUGACUGAUACUCCUGAUGCUACGGUGGCUGAUAUGCUGCAGGAUGUUCACCAUGUUGUCACACUGAAGAUACAGCUUAACAGUUGUCCCAAACUGGAAGACUUGCCAGCUGAGCAGUGGAGUAUCUCCAACGUGAGAAACGCUCUGAAGGAGCUUCUUAAGGACAUGAAUCAGAGCUCCCUGGCCAAAGAGUGUCCCCUUUCCCAGGGAAUGAUAUCAUCUGUUGUAAAUAGCACUUACUAUGCAAAUGUCUCCGCUGCCAAGUGCCACGAGUUUGGUCGCUGGUACAAGCACUUCAAAAGGUCCAAAUGCCACAAAGACAGUGAGUGCUUUCCUGAGCAGUCCAUAGAAAUCACCCACACCCAGCAAUCAAUUCCAAGCAGCCCAGUGGAUCAAAACUCCAACCUUCCUUUCCCAGGGGCCAACAUCUGUGGACGGCCAUCGCUUGGUCUUCACCCUCCUGGUUUGCCCCCCCAGCAUCUCAGCUCCCAAAUGGUGAACCAGCAGCUGAUGAUGACCCAGUUUCUUAACCAACAAUAUGCCGUCACCCGCAUGCUGGCUGGCCAGGCUCUCUCCUCUUCACCACAGCAGUAUCUCAACCACCCCCCUGUGGGAAGGCCUCCUGCCAAGACCUUUAUUAAAGCUUCUGAUUCUCAAGCAUCACCGCAAACACAGUGUGGUCCAGGGGGAUGUCAAGCAAUAAUGACGCAAAAUCAAAAUGGAGCUACAGCGUCUUCUGUAGCACAGACCGACGUACCGAGUGAUAUCUACCAGAAUGUGAGGGAGGAGCUGAGGAGAGCGGGCAUCUCCCAAGCCAUCUUUGCACGAGUGGCCUUUAACAGAACCCAGGGUUUACUCUCAGAGAUCUUGAGGAAGGAGGAGGAUCCAAAACAUGCCUCCCAAUCUCUGCUGGUCAACCUCAGGGCCAUGAAUAGUUUCCUGCAGCUUCCCGAGGCUGAGAGAGAGCGCAUGUACCAGGAGGAGAAGGAAAGAAGCAUGACUGGCUUCCCACCCAACUGCAACACCACUCCCCCAAGAUCCACGCAGGCGAGACUGUCACCAGUUACAGCUGAAAGAGGGUUGAGGACAGACAGUUGUGUUCUCAAUGUCAACGCCUCUAUCUAUGAGGAGAUCCAGCAGGAGAUGAAGAGAGCUAAAGUGUCCCAAGCUCUUUUUGCAAAAGUUUCUGUCUCCAAAAGUCAGGGCUGGUUGUGUGAGCUUCUUCGGUGGAAGGAGGAUCCCUGCCCGGAAAACCGUACUUUGUGGGAAAACCUGUGCAUGAUCCGACGCUUCCUCAGCCUCUCCCAAAUAGAACGAGAUGCCAUCUAUGAGCAAGAGAGCGGCAGCGGGACUUCACAGCACUGUGCUGACAGGCUGAUGAUGCUCAGUAAUGAGAGCACACUGCACCAACGCAACUCCAUGAUUUCUCAUCAACCACAUCUUCAACCCCAUCACCCGCUUCAGCCCGAGCCAGGGCUUGACCUGUCUCCGCCCCAGCCAUGCACUGCAUCACCAGCUGAGUCUGAGGCUGGAGGCGCCUGGGGGCAUUUCAAAGUAAAUUUACAGAGCAGAAACAGCUGGGAUGAGGAAAGGGGAGAUAGUCUGGAAUGGGUUGAUGGGGAGAGAGAAGAUGCUGACAUCCUGGGUGCUGACUGGGGUGCUCCUGAAGGGGUGGGGUACAUCUGUAGAGACAGGGAUGUGCAAGAAAGAGAUGGAACCAUAGAUCUGCCAGGCCAGGAUAGCAUUAGUCAAAACUGCAAAACUGAAAAUGUAAUAAACAACAUAUUUUUAAAUAAGUCUGAUGUCAAGAGAGAGAAUAAUGGCAGAGUUGGAGUAUGUUCUGGGACCGAUAGUAAAAUUAUAGCAAAAAAAGUGGUCCAAGGUGAUAGGUUAACAGUGUCCAAUGAAGCCCUGGGGAUCCUGAAGAGCUUCAUCCAGGAUGUUGGCCUCUAUCCAGAUGAAGAAGCAAUCCACACACUCUCUGCCCAGCUGGGUUUGCCGAAAGAUACGAUCCGUGUCUUCUUUAGCAGCCAGGACUUAAAGCAAAGUCAAGACAACAACCAGAGUCCAAAGCACAUACAUAACAACCAACAAGUCUGUUCAAACCCAGACGUCUUCAUGGCAGAACUAACUACACAGGAACAGGAAGUCCCAGUAAAGGCAGAAAAAAGUGAAACUGAAAUGGAGAAAAUUGGUAGAGACACAGCAAGUGAAGUUUCUAUUUCAAGGGAAUCAGAUGUUGCCACUCAAACCCUUCCCCCGAUGAAGGAGGAGCAGGAGAGUUACGUCUAACAUCAACACAUUCAGAAUCAAGGUAGAUUGCUCUACCUCUCCAGCAUACUCCUCCAUUGCAGUCGACUGUUUUUUGGCUCAAUGUAUCAAGCAUGUGCCAUUUAUAUCAAUAGUAGAAAAUUACUUUGACUCUUCUUGAAAUAACUACCAAACUAAGAACAAAGGACCCUUCAUGCAUGCAAAUGUUUGAUUAAGGUGCAGAGAUAUGGGUCUUUAAAGGUGUUGGUAAAACCUGUAAUGUAUGGGAUACUCUUUUCUCGUAGAGGGUUUAAACAAGAACUCUAGAGUUCAAUGCACAAAUGAAAUAUGUUUAUGCUUUGAAGCAUGUUUACAAUGCUUUUCUCUCUUUAUACAUGUGUUUUUCAGUUGCAAUAUUUAGUGUUGGUGCAUAAGUUGGCUAAAUCCUCACAACAAGAUGUCAAAAAUGCUGUGAAUACUUUUUUGUUAUUGCACAUUUCUUCAGUUUUCUAUGACUGUAGUGCAUCCUUAGGAAUAAUUUAAGAGCUAUGUACAGUGAUGUGAAAAGUGAUGUUCGGUCUGUUUUAAUUUGAGAGUUUUGUGCAUCAGAGUAGUAAAAAAAUAUUCUAUUUGCCUAUCAAGGGUAAUAAAUAUCACAAUCCAGUUCAGAGAUAAGUUGCUUAAAUAUGUGAAAAUAAAUAAAUAACGAAUUAAAUUCAGCGUUUAAAGCGGACACUUCCGUGCACAAGGUAAUUGGUACAUAUUUUAGUUGUUCUUGGUGCCAAAGAUGGCAUGAUAAAAAUUAGUGCAGGUAAAUAGAUACUGUAAAAAUCUGGAAAAGUUUUUACUUAAAAUGAAUUCAAGGUUUAACCUGAGAUUGGCACAACUCAAAGAAUAUUGCAUUUAUUGCUUGUUUUAUUUACUUACAGUUAAUAUAUCACACAUAAGAUUUUGUCCAAGGAAUGGUUUAAUCAUUAGAGAGUGUGAUAUUUUUCUUUUGUUUUUUAGUUUAUAUUCUCCAGGUAUUAAAACAAGCUACAAAUAUUAACUCAUAAUAUUUUAUAGUGUGUUAUUUGAAAAAUAAAAGAUUACUUUAAAGCUUAACUUCUAAUCAGCAUUUACUUAAAGUAUGACGCUGUUCUGUUUGUCAGUUCAGUCUUGACAGAAAUUAAGAGUUAAAAAAAAACAUAUAUGUGUAUAUAUUAUUUGAAGUCAUAGCAAUCAUCACCAAACCAUGAUUCCAUUCUGUUAAAAUGUAGGGCUUAUUAUUGUUCACAGUUUCAUUAGGGCUGUAAAAAUAACCUCAACUUAUUCUUUUUCGUCAGAUUUUGGGUGAGAACAAAUUGGUUACAAUUUCUCAUAUUAAUCAUGAUUUGUACCUGUUUUUUUAGACACAUUAAAUCAGAGUUUAGGGCACUUGUGAUCCAAGAGAACAAGACCAAGGGGUACCAUAAUCAAAAACACAUAUUCGAAUUUGCAGUUUGAUUUUAUUUAAUAUUGAACUCCUGCACCAGAAUACCUGACAAUUUAAAGUGAAGCUAUUUAACACUUAAUUAAUAUGUAGAAAAUGGAAAGAAACUAACAUGGUUCUACAUAUACAGUAACAAAUCAAGGUCUACCUUUAUCGUUUCUUUUCAAAUUUUGCAUUGUGACUUUUGUUCAGUUGAUAAAUAUAAAUUUUUGGCAAAUUAAACCUUUUUUUUUUUACAUGAGUUCUUUUCACUUUAUAAAUUAAACCCUGAUAAUGUUUUGGCUGGGAAAAUUGCUGGUUUAUUUUCCAUUUUAAAUGCACUUAUUUAAGAAAUUCUGUUAUAUUUUUGCAUCCCUAAAACAUUUGAAGUAAAAUGGAGUUUGCCUAAUUGUUCUGAUGUUUGUAAGUGGAUCAUGUGUGUUUACUAUUUCUUUAAAAUAAGGGAAUCACACCCAACAAACCUCAAGUUCCCAGAGUUUUAAAUGAAUAUUGCCUUAUGCCUUUCUGAAAGUUGAACCACCGAGCCAUGUGUCUGUCAGUGCAUCUUGAUUAUGAGCUGUCUUAUUGAUAUUUAUGCUUAAAUGUACUUUUGUAGGUUGGCUUUCAUCUUUCUAAUUUAUCGUUGAUCAUGUUUUCCUUGUAACAUGUAAGCUAACACAAUAAAAUAAGAGUAGAAGUUAGCUGUACGGCUGCAGAAUAAACAUUUUAUUUAAAAA